UUCGCUUGUUUUUUUUAAUUUGUUUUUUUAUUGCAUACGAAAAUCUGUUAGUUUGCACUGUACAUCAGGUCAAGGAAAGGUUUUUAAAAUGAUUUCAUUUUUCUCGUUCCCGUUCGCUUCGUUAUUUUCUCCAAAAUGUGAUUCUGUUAUGUGAUUCAGUUUUAGUGUUUUUGAGACGCUGCGUUUUCGGCUUAUUUCUAUUUACGAUAACUUGUCGAUAUAUGUCUUAACUCAAGUGAAGGAAGGAUUGAUUACAAUUUUCUUAGAUGGACCGUGUAACAACACCCUCCCACAAAUGUAAUCGCGAGGACAAACUACAGGCAAAAUCAUUUUUGGAUUCCUAUUAUGGUACAAAUGCUGUCUCGCUUAGUCCUCAAGCAGAACCACUUAACCCGAACGUUAUAUGCCUCAAUGGUUCAAUGGACGACCGAUUAUCUAUUGACAUGAACAUUGAAGAAGAAAAAUUUCUCAGCUUAUUCUAUAUACAGAACUCGCAAUGUAGCGACGAGGGAAGGAAUCCAAACAGGGACGUAGAACCAUCAUGUUUUGAAUCCGCUUCAUAUCGUGACCGGAGCUCCGGUCCGGACUCCGCAAAGAUUGACCAAGAAGGGAUAAUGCAUGUUGAUACAGCUAGUCUAUCAGACACGUUGUCAUCGGAGAUGAGUGUUGAUACAGGUUGCUUUUCCACGGAUAAUGAGGAAUACAUAGAAUACAAAAUGGCUAAGGAAAUUAUGCGUCAAAAAGAUGAGGAGGAUAGUGCAGUACAAAGUCGCCUUAAAGAAGAUGAAAGCUUUGAUUGUGACGAACGUGACAAAAUAAACUUCCGCUAUUUAAGAAUGGGUAAUUAUGCGGAAAAACCUUGCACAAUGUGCAGUUCGGCAGGGCAAGCUGCAAUGAUUAACACAACAAAUGUUAUUGUACCUGCUAAAAUACUGCUACGGAACUUUUUCAAAAGCACCGAGAAAAGUUUGCUGAAUUUUUUUGCAAAGGAAAACAUUUCAGUGAUCAAAGCGGCAGUAUCACGAGACGAACCUCAAAUUCAACGUCGAGCUUUGCAUGAGAAAAAUGUAGAAUAGACCAAUUUGUUCCAGACUGACAACGUGCAAAUACUAGCAUGGAAUGUAUAAUGGCAACUAAAUUCAUUAAUUUGACAAUAAAGAUAGUAAUAAAGUUGCAUCAAGUAUUCAGUAAAAUAUGUCCAACAAUAAAUG